AUGACAUCCACUAACGAAGUUGGACUUGCAUCAGAUCGUAUUCGAAAUCAAUCUGGAGCCAUUUUGGAAGAUCUACACUGUUCGAUAUGUCAUAAUGUUUUAUGGAAAUCAGUCGCUUGUCGAACAUGCGAAACUCCCUUUUGUUCGGCAUGCAUUAAAAAAUGGCUCUGUGAAGGUAGAAAUCAAUGUCCAAAUGGAUGCGAACCAUUUAUUGAAAGAACGUGUCCUCCAGCCAUUGUUAGAUUAUUGUCCAGGUUACAGAUUGCCUGUAUUUAUGAACCAAACGAUUGUUGUGAGAUUCUUCCAUACGAAGCGGUCGAAAACCAUGAGACAGAAUGUGGUUCCCAACCCCAAAGAUGUCCUGGCUGUCAUUCAUCGUUUGCUAAAAAGGAAAUCGAGAAACAUAAUUCUCAAUGUGGAUUGAUUGAAUUUACCUGUGAAGAUUGCAAAAUUGUCUACAAGCAACGUGAUGCAACUCAAUGUCAUACCGAUAUGAUAUGUCUCAAAGAACAAUUUCGACAGUUUCGACAUCAAUCACAAUCCGACAUUAAACAGUUAAAAGAAGAAUUUCAACAGUAUCGACAUCAAACACAAGAAGAAAUUAAACAGUUAAAAGAAGAAUUGCAUCCAAGUAAGCAAAAAAUAAAGGAAGACUGCCAGCACGACUAGUCCGAAAUGUCCGCAACAUCUGUCAGGUCUAGUCUGAAACGUCUUACACAUUUGUCAUGGCUAGUCACCUUUUGGAGAAAUGUCCUUCAAACACGCCUAGACUAAUUCAGCAUGUACUUGAACCCAGUCAUGUCUAGCCCAUUUUGUCCGUUGACCCCAUCCCGACUAAUGUCCGCGCCAGAAUUAAACAGGAGUGGGUGCAAGCGCAAUAACUCGAUAAUGACAACAGUUAGCGACCUGCGAUUUUCACCAAUUGAAAGAGGAGAAGUUGGAAUAUAUUUUUCUCCGAUAGUGUAUGAGACGAAAUUCUUUUAAAACUAAUUAUCUGCGAAAAACAUGCAAAAUAAUGCAUGAAAAUGACCUAUCAUCUAGAUGAAAUUUUGAUUUUGUCCUUUUAUUUAGAUAAGGGAACUUCAGAUCUAUAGUUCAGGAUACAAUGCGCUUUCUUACUUUUCAUUACAUUUUCACCGAAGUGUCAAGCUAUUAUGAUAAAAAGUGCGAAAACUUAGUACAAAAUUACCUAUUAUUUGCGCAUGUAGACACAUAAUUCCAUUUGCUCAACGUUAGAAUGUAAUAAAACAACCAUUUGCAUUCUAUCUUGUACUAUAGAUCUCAAGUCCCUCUAUCUAAAUCAAAGGUCAAAAUCAAAAUUUCAUCUAGCUGGCAGGUCAAUUUCAUGGGUUCUUUUGCAUGUUUUCCGAAUAUGAUUAGUUUUAAAAGGAUUUCAUCUUAUACAAACAUCAGAGAAAAAGACGCCCCACUCCUCCCCUUUCGAUUGGUGAAAAGCGCAGAUCACUAGCUCAUUGCGUUCUUGAGUUAUUCAAAAAACAGUGGAGCGCAAUAUAUUUUGAAACGGACAGUACAAUCUUUCACUAAAGUACUCUACUUUUACGCUGAGAAGCUUUUUAAAAAAUCGGUAUUUAUUGGCAUAAAUAUCAGAACAGACUUGUUAGAAAUUUUAUAUCAAAAGAGAUUCAACGAUCAGAAAACAAGACUUCAUUAUACCAUUCAAUUAUUGUACGAUAGUGGACACCGUUAAGUAAAAUAUCGUACAAAUUUGAGACAAAACGAAAACAGAUAUAAUACGUAGGUUAUGUAAUCAAUUUAUCUACUCAGUACUUUUCAGGAUUUACUCUAGAAUUUAAGGAAAUAAAAGUGAUCGACAAAGUUUACUUCGAUAUUUAAAACUGAAACAGCACUCUCAAAUUGUAAAUCUUUCUGCGUUCUGUAAUUAUAAAGAUAUUCCACUACCUUUCGAAUAACUAAUUCUAGCAAUGGAAAUUACUAGAGUCGACGGAAAUGUCACCAUCCUAUAGUCCAUCUCAAACAAAUAAGUUAUAGCUUACCAGACUAGAAUAUACUCAAUUGAAAUAUCUAGUGCCAAGCCAGUUUUUUUCACUUGUACGUGGAAUCAUACGAUUAAAUGUGUCUUUCUAGAUGAAUACUAUAGAGAAAAUGUGAUUCACCUCCCACAGCAGUAAAAUCAGAUGGUUUUCUGAGGAGUGUACAAAAGUAGCUAAAUACUUUUUAAUUCCAAUUCUUUUUCAAAGAGCCUGCGUACUCUUUGGAAUGACUUUGAUGAUUAAGGAAAAUUACAAGACAUAGCUAUUAUCAAGUAAAAUGCUACGUAUCAUAUCAUUUAAACAUAAAUGAAACACACAAUUUGUAAAUUGUUAGUAACUGAAAUUAGAUAUGAGUAAAAAUCAUCUAUUUGAAUUCUCGAUUAUAUAAAAACACAUCUAUGUAAGAACUCAACCAGAGAACUUUGACCUGAACUUUUAUUCAUCGAUAGAUUUUAUAAAUAUUUGCAUGUUCUAACAAUAUCAGAUCGAACGAAUGUCUUGUUUUUGACAUAUUGCAUAUACAAGAAUGAUCAUUGGCCAUAUGAAAAAGCGAGAAAGAAAUAGACAUAUAGAAUUCUAUCGGGACUCAGUAGGCCUUCAUUUCUUCUUGGAAUCAUCGGAAGCCACUAGAGCCUGUAUUUUUACGUUGCAUAGUACAUGGAAAACUCGAACUAAGAGAUUUAUACUUAAAAAAUUUACCAAGGAUAGAUAUGGUAGUUUUUACAAAUGCCUAAAGUCGAAGGUCAAAAAUACUUCUUCUUUUCGGCAUAUCUUAACGUUGAGCGCGUUUGACUUAAUGACUUUUUCACGUGACAUGUAAUUGCUUUUUGAAAUGUAAUAUCUCGAAAACAAGUUAUUUCUUUGAGUUAAAAGUUUUAGGACAGCUUAGCGCUGAUGACAUGUAUCUAUAG